AUGGAGAGAGAGGAGGGAGAUGGAGGGAGAGAGAUGGAGAGAUAUGGAGAGAGGAGGGGAGAUGGAGAGAGAGAGGGAGAUGGAGAGAGGGAGGGAUAUGGAGAGAGGGAGGGAGAUGGAGAGAGGGAGAUGGACAGGGUUUUAGCCAUAUGCAGCUCUUAGUGCAGAACGGGAUGGAGGGAGUCUAUUGGAUGGAUGACCCUGGUCAAGAGGUCAAGAGUUCAGAGGUCAGCAUUAUCCAGGAAGGAAUGGACAGAAGGGAUACAUGAAUUGCAGAGGGGGAAGGAGUAUUAGUAUAAUGUGAUAAAUGCAGCCAAAAUAUUUACUCCCUCUAUCACACACACACACACACAUUAGCCCCUAUGUGGGAGAGUCAUCAUGUUGUGAUCAUAGAGCGUGUCUAGUUGUAAAUUAGGCUUGGGAUCUCUGCCAGCUCUGUGAUUGACAGGUCCCAGUGGCACACACACACAAACACACAUACACUGUGUACGCUGGUCUGGAAUCAACACCAGGGGCGUAUUCAUUACGCCGAUUCUGUUGCAAAAUGUUUCUUAAACGGAAGCAAACGGAACGAAACGGCGAGGGACCUACUUGCAUUUGUCCAGUAGAAACCCUAGUUUUAGUUGCUAAACGUUUUGCAACUGUUUGGACUAAUAAUUACACCCCAGAUGUGUAGAAUUUGUUCCACUUCGGUCUGCAGUAUCUUCAUAUAAACUGAAAUGUUCACAGAGAAGAAUCAGUAUUUUCAGAACCACUAUAUUUAAUUCACCUUUUAUUUCACCAGUUCACGGUUUAGCACAUUAAUUGCAUAGUAAACUGUUUAUUUCAAUGGGAUUCUGAAUGCAUAUUGUGAAUUCUCGCACUAUACCCAACCAUUCCAUCAUGAUGAAGACCAUGAUGAGCAUUAGCUAUGGUAAAGACUAAAUUACACUUACAAGUUGUGGUUAAGUGAGAUAAAUAGCUCUCUUUCAGAAAGAAACUGACAUCGUCCUUUCAUUCUAAUUACAUGCAGUCACACACACACUCUUUGCUCAAACCUCCGGGGACGUGGAAACCUUUUUAUCUGAUAGGUACAGCAUCUGGAGAGUAGCCUUUACACUGUAGUGUCGGGCCUCGCCUGUGAAGUUAUGGAGGAGGACUUCACUUUAACGACAGACUGACGGGUUGAAUUGGAUCUUUAACGACAAACUGACGGGUUGAAUUGGGUCUUUAACGACAAACUGACGGGUUGAAUUGGGUCUUUAACGACAGACUGACAGGUUGAAUUGGGUCUUUAACGAUAGACUGACGGGUUGAAUUGGGUCUUUAACGAUAGACUGACGGGUUGAAUUGGGUCUUUAACGACAGACUGACAGGUUGAAUUGGGUCUUUAACGAUAGACUGACGGGUUGAAUUGGGUCUUUAACGAUAGACUGACGGGUUGAAUUGGGUCUUUAACGACAGACUGACAGGUUGAAUUGGGUCUUUAACGACAGACUGACGGGUUGAAUUGGGUCUUUAACGAUAGACUGACGGGUUGAUUUGGGUCUUUAACGACAGACUGACAGGUUGAAUUGGGUCUUUAACGACAGACUGACGGGUUGAAUUGGGUCUUUAACGAUAGACUGACAGGUUGAAUUGGGUCUUUAACGACAGACUGACAGGUUGAAUUGGGUCUUUAACGACAGACUGACGGGUUGAAUUGGGUCUUUAACGACAGACUGACAGGUUGAAUUGGGUCUUUGUCUUCUUCUCAACAGACAGACUCCACUAACCCCUGUGUCUCUAUAGGUACGCCAUCAGAUUCAGCCUAGCAACAGUCAUUAUCAGACACAGCCACUAGGUGGUGCUGUAGAUCUGAAGGUUACUGCCUCUGUCCCUUGGUUUUAUAUCAGUGAGGUUACUGACAACACAAAGACCUGCAGUGGCUCAAUGCCCAUUGUUCCCCUCACAAUGUCCUGAUGUUCAUAUGAAUUGAGGUGUAAUUGUGUAAAGGUAUUAUAUCUGAUCACAGCCUCUCAGAAUGAGGCGUAGGAUGACACUGAUCUAAUGUACACUACCAGUCCAAAGUUUAAACACACCUACUCAUUUCAGGGUUUUUCUUUAUUUUUACUAUUUUCUACAUUGUAGAAUAAUAGUGAAGACAUCGAAACUAUGAAAUAACACAUAUGGAAUCAUGUAGUAACCAAAAAAGUGUUAAACAAAUUAAAAUAUAUUUUAUAUUUGAGAUUCUUCAAAUAGCCACCCAUUUCCUUGAUGACAGCUUUGCACACUCUUGGUAUUCUCUCAACCAGCUUCCUGGAAUGCUUUUCCAACAGUUUUGAAGGAGUUCCUACAUAUGCUGAGCACUUGUUGGCUGCUUUUUCUUCACUCUGCUGUCCAACUCAUUCCAAACCAUCUCAAUGGGGUUGAGGUCGAGGGAUUGUGGAGGCCAGGUCAUCUGAUGCAGCACUCCAUCACUCUCCUUCUUGGUCAAAUAGCCCUUACACCGCCUGGAGGUGUGUUGGGUCAUUGUCCUGUUGAAAAACAAAUGAUAGUCCCACUAAGCCCAAACCAGAUGGGGUGGUGUAUCGCUGCAGAAUGCUGUGGUAGCCAUGCUGGUUAAGUGUGCCUUGAAUUCUAAAUAAAUCACAGACAAUGUCACCAGCAAAGCACCCCCACACCAUAACACCUAUUCCUCCAUGCUUUACGAUGGGAACUACACAUGCGGAGAUCAUCCGUUCACCCACACCGCAUCUCACACGGCGGUAGGAACCAAAAAUCUCAAAUUUGGACUCCAGACCAAAGGACACAUUUCCACCGGUCUAAUGUCCAUUCCUCGUGUUUCUUGGCCCAAGCAGGUCUCUUCUUCUUAUUGAUGUCCUUUAGUAGUGGUUUCUUUGCAGCAAUUCGACCAUGAAGGCCUGAUUCACACAGUCCCCUCUGAACAGUUGAUGUUGAGAUGUGUCUGUGACUUGAACUCCGUGAAGCAUUUAUUUGGGCUGCAAUUUCUGAGGCUGGUAACUCUAAUGAAUUUAUCCUCUGCAGCAGAGGUAACUCUGGGUCUUCCAUUCCUGUGGCGGUCCUCAUGAGAGCCAGUUUCAUCAUAGCGCUUGAUGGUUUUUGCGACUGCACUUGAAUAAACCUUUAAAAUUCUUGAAAUUUCGUAUUGACCGUCAUGCCUUAAAGUAAUGAUGGACUGUCGUUUCUCUUUGCUUAUUUGAGCUGUUCUUGCCAUAAUAUGGACUUGGUGUUUUACCAAAUAGGGCUAUCUUCUGUAUACCCUCCCCUACCUUGUCACUACACAACUGAUUAGCUCAAACGCAUUAAGAAGGAAAGAAAUUCCACAAAUUAACUUUUAAGAAGGCACACCUGUUAAUUGAAAUGCAUUCCAGGUGACUACCUCAUGAAGCUUGUUGAGAGAAUGCCAAGAGUGUGCAAAGCUGUCAUCAAGGCAAAGGGUGGCUAUUUGAAGAAUCUCAAAUAUAAAAUAUAUUUUGAUUUGUUUAACACUUUUUUGGUUACUACAUGAUUCCAUAUGUGUUAUUUCAUAGUUUUGAUGUCUUCACUGUUAUUCUACAAUGUAAAAAUAAAGAAAAACCCUUGAAUGAGUAGUUGUUGUAAAACUUUUGACUGGUAGUGAAUAUAUAAUGUAUAUAGCUCCACUUAUCCAAAGUGACUUAUAGUACAGCGAGUUCAUAUAUUUGUAGUAUGUGUACUAACUGAGCCACACAGGACCACACAGGGACGCAGGGUAAACUGAUCCCAGACCUGUGUCUAUAAUAAGCCACAUAUCCCCAUCCUAACCCAGUCUUUGUCGGUCUACAGGUGUCUGAGAGAGAGACAUUUACCGGUAUUCAGUCUGUGGACAGCCCAGGGACUGACCUAUUGGUGAGCAGUUCACACAACGGCCCACUAACCAGUGGCACAGGUAACACACACACACACACACACGCACACACACACACACACACACACACGAAGACCGCCUCUGCAUGUGUUGUUUAUUGUUUCAUUCAUGACUUUUUAAAAGAGUGUAAUAUUCAUUCAGCGUACAUUCCAUCUACAUUUAGCCUUCACUUUGCACACUUACUUGGUUAUUCAUUUGGUUUCCACACCUGUGGCAAUCUAAUCCAUGAGACAUGUUCCACUAGUAGUCUGGUAACAGAUCUGUGUUGUAGCCAGCUCCACUGUUGGUUGUCAUGCCAAACAUCUAGGCCCCCUGGCAUGACAACCAAUGACAAAGGAGUUAGACAAUGCACAAACAAGAUCUAUGAACGAACAGUCUAACUAGUCCAAAUUGUCCACUGCAGCUUUCAAAGAUGCAAUGUUGUUGUUUAAGAUCGAGGCUUCCCAUCCUCAAACUCUCUCUCUGUUAACCCGGCAUAACCACCCACACACACCAUCCUCAAACUCUCUCUCUGUUAACCCGGCAUAACCACCCAUACACACCAUCCUCAAACUCUCUCUCUGUUAACCCGGCAUAACCACCCACACACACCAUCCUCAAACUCUCUCUCUGUUAACCCGGCAUAACCACCCACACACACCAUCCUCAAACUCUCUCUCUGUUAACCCGGCAUAACCACCCACACACACCAUCCUAAAACUCUCUCUCUGUUAACCCAACAUAACCACCCACACACACCAUCCUCAAACUCUCUCUCUGUUAACCCGGCAUAACCACCCACACACACCAUCCUCAAACUCUCUCUCUGUUAACCCGGCAUAACCACCCACACACACCAUCCUAAAACUCUCUCUCUGUUAACCCGGCAUAACCACCCACACACACCAUCCUCAAACUCUCUCUCUGUUAACCCAGCAUAACCACCCAUACACACCAUCCUCAAACUCUCUCUCUGUUAACCCGGCAUAACCACCCACACACACCAUCCUCAAACUCUCUCUCUGUUAACCCGGCAUAACCACCCACACACACCAUCCUAAAACUCUCUCUCUGUUAACCCGGCAUAACCACCCACACACACCAUCCUAAAACUCUCUCUCUGUUAACCCAACAUAACCACCCACACACACCAUCCUCAAACUCUCUCUCUGUUAACCCGGCCUAACCACCCACACACACCAUCCUCAAACUCUCUCUCUGUUAACCCGGCAUAACCACCCACACACACCAUCCUAAAACUCUCUCUCUGUUAACCCAACAUAACCACCCACACACACCAUCCUCAAACUCUCUCUCUGUUAACCCGGCAUAACCACCCACACACACCAUCCUCAAACUCUCUCUCUUUUAACCUGGCAUAACCACCCACACACACCAUCCUCAAACUCUCUCUCUGUUAACCCGGCAUAACCACCCACACACCCCAUCCUUUUUCCCUUUGUCGUGUCCAAUUCAAUUAAACCCAACCCAACUCAACUUAACAAAAUUCAAUUCAAUUCAAUUGAACUCAACUCAAAUGUAUUGAUCCAUCCUCCCCCAGUGUUGACAGACACCCAGGACAGUAGUCCCCAGCCCUCUGAGGAGAUGCUGUCCAGCCAGUCAGAGCUGCGGAGCUCCAAGUGUCCCCAGGACCGUGAGCUGCCCAGCAUCCCACCCAACAGCGCUCUGGAGGGGAUGGGAUCCUCCAACGGACCCCCUCUCCCUCCCUCUGGAGAUGGCACCUACGAGGUAUUAGGGAUUGUUGUUGUUCAUGUUAUUAUAUAGGUAUUUAUUGACUUAUUGGAAUGAGUCCUCUUGUGUUUAUUGAAUGGUUGUACUGUAUGAACCCAGGGAGACUAGUCCUAAUGUACUGACGGCUGUCUCAAUCAACUCAACUAAACUAGGUGGUGAAGGAAAGAGGCGGCAUCUUGACGGCGUCCCGGGACGUGAGUGUUGAAGACUCCCUGUACGAGACGGUCAAAGAGCUGAAGGACCAUCCAGGAAGCAUGGCUGUAGGUCUACCCAACGGACACGGUACUACGUCCCCCCUCAGCCCUGAUGACAAUGACAUUUCCCACCACAACCACCUCCCACCUCCCCGCCACCCUCCAGCCCUCCACAACGGCCACCUCAGCCCCGGCAGCACCCCGGAGCGAGGGCCCCUGUGCGCGGGAGUGGAGUACGCCUCGGUGGAUCUGAACAAGAAGAGCCGUCACAGUGCAGACCUGGAGGCCAGGCGCUCAGCCACCAUCGCUGCUGCUGUGAGCCCCACAGAGGAGCCCGAGGAGGAGGAGAGACCCCCGCCUGUGCCUGACAAGGUGCUGGAUGAGAAUGACAACCAGCCUACCAUGAUGGACGCAGGAGGGGUGGUGGUAAUGGGGGCUGCGCUGCACAACGGAGAGGUGAGGAUCGUUGUUUAUGUCUAUGUCUGUGUGUUUAUGUAUGUUUGUGAGGGAGAAAGACCGCACUUGUACAGCAGAAAGACAGCUCAACUGAUUCCUGACUAGAUGUAUUGAUUCAGUUGUGAGCCACAAGUUAGAGUAGAAAGCAGAACAGAAAGAGCCUCUCUCUGUCUCUGUGUCCGAUCGACAUUAUGAGGGAGAGAAAGAGAGAGAGAGAGAAAGAGCAGGGAGAGAGAGAGAGGAAGAGAGAGCGAAAUGAGAGAUGGAGAAUAGAGAUAGAGAUGGAGGGAGAGAGAGAUAGAAGAUAGAUAGAGGGAGAGAGAGAGAGAGAGAGAGAGAUAGAAGAUAGAUAGAGGGAGAGAGAGAGAGAGAGAGAGGGGGGGGGGGGUAGAGGGAGGGAGAGAGAGAGGGAAUAUCCAAGGCCUGAGGUCAUCUGCCUUUGGCCUAAAGAGCAGGAACCUGGACUUCACCAAAGAAAUCGGAAAUACAGACAUUGUCAUCCUACAAGGAACAUGGUAUAGACGGACCCACUGGUUGCCCUCUAGGUUACAGAGAUCUGGUAGUCCCAUCCACCAAACUACCAGGUGUGAAACAUACAUAUCAGUGUGGAUGACGGAUCACCACCUCAAGCUGAACCUCGGCAAGACGGAGCUGCUCUUCCUCCCGGGGAAGGACUGCUUGUUCCAUGAUCUCGCCAUCACGGUUGACAACUCCGUUGUGUCCUCCUCCCAGAGUGCAAAGAGCCUUGGCGUGACCCUGGACAACACCCUGUCGUUCUCCGCUAACAUCAAGGCGGUGACCCGAUCCUGUAGGUUCAUGCUCUACAACAUUCGCAGAGUACGACCCUGCCUUACACAGGAAGCGGCACAGGUCCUAAUCCAGGCACUUGUCAUCUCCCGUCUGGAUUACUGCAACUCGCUGUUGGCUGGGCUCCCUGCCUGUGCCAUUAAACCCCUACAACUCAUCCAGAACGCCGCAGCCCAUCUGGUGUUCGACCUUCCCAAGUUCUCUCACGUCACCCCACUCCUCCGCACACUCCACUGGCUUCCAGUUGAAGCACGCAUCUGCUACAAUACCAUGGUGCUUGCCUACGGAGAUGUGAGGGGAACAGCACCUCCGUACCUUCAGGCUCUGAUCAGUCCCUACACCCGAACGAGGGCACUACGUUCAUCCACCUCUGGCCUGCUAGCUCCCCUACCUCUACGGAAGCCCAGUCAAAACUGUUCGCUGCUCUGGCACCCCAAUGGUGGAACAAGCUCCCUCACGACGCCAGGACAGCAGAGUCACUCACCACCUUCCGGAGACACUUGAAACCCCACCUCUUUAAGGAAUACCUGGGAUAGGAUAAAGUGAUCCUUCUACCCCCCCUUACCCCACCCCCCAAAAAAAAAAAAAUUAUUGUAAAGUGGUUGUCCCAAUGGCUAACAUAAGGUGAAUGCACCAAUUUGUAAGUCGCUCUGGAUAAGAGCAUCUGCUAAAUGACGAAAAUGUAAAUGUAAAUUAAACAGGGAAGGGACUCAGGGGGUAUGCUAAUUCAGUAUAGAGCAGACCUAACUCACUCUAUUAAAUUAAUCAAAACAGGAACAUUUUACGAUUGGCUAGAAAAAAAUCAAAAGGAAAUUAUCUCAACAGAGAGAUAAUGUGUGUUGCCUAUAUCCCCCCACUAGAAUCCCCAUACUUUAAUGAAGACAGCUUCUCCAUCCUGGAGGGGGAAUCAAUCAUUUCCAGACCCAGGGACAUGUAAUAGUGUGGCGACUUAAAUGCCAGAACAGGACAAGAACCUGACACCCUCAGCACACAGGGGGACCAACACCUACCUGGAUGUGACAGCAUUCCCUCCCCCAUAUGCCCUCCUAGGCACAAAUAUGACAACAUAACCAACACAAAACGGGUCACAACUCCUGCAGCUCUGUCGCACGCUGGGUAUGUACAUAGUCAAUGGUAGGCCUCGAGGGGACUCCUAUGGUAGGUACACCUAUAGCUCAAUUCUUGGCAGUAGUACUGUAGACUACUUUAUCACUGACCUCAACCCAGAGUCUCUCAGAGCGUUCACAGUCAGCCCACUGACACCCCUAUCAGACCACAGCAAAAUCACAGUCUACUUGAACAGAGCAAUACUCAAACAUGAGGCAUCAAAGCCAAAGGAACUGAAUAAUAUUAAGAAAUGCUAUAGAUUGAAGGAAAGUAGUGUCGAAACCUACCAAAAAAACAAUUAGGCAACAACAAAUUCAAUCCCUUUUAGACAACUUCCUGGACAAAACGUUCCACUGUAAUAGUGAAGAUGUAAACUUGGCAGUAGAAAACCUAAACAGUAUAUUUGACCUCUAUGCUUCCUUAUCAAAUCUAAAAAUCUCUAACAGAAAACCGAAGAAAAGUAACAACAAUGACAAAUGAUUUGAUGAAGAAUGCAAAAACCUAAGAAAGAAAUUGAGAAACCUAUCCAACCAAAACCAUAGAGACCCAGAAAACCUGAGCCUACGCCUUCACUAUGGUGAAUCACUAAAACAAUACAGAAAUACACUACGGAAAAAGAAUGAACAACAAGUCAGAAAUCAGCUCAAUAUAAUUGAAGAAUCCAUAGACUCUAACCACUUCUGGGAAAAUUGGAAAACACCACAAAUACAAAUACAAAUUCCAUCUAGACACCGUUGCCCUAGAGCACACAAAAAACUAUACACACCUCGGCCUAAACAUCAGCGCCACAGGUAACUUCCACAAAGCUGUGAACGAUCUGAGAGACAAGGCAAGAAGGGCCUUCUACACCAUCAAAAUAAAAUUUUGACAUAUCAAUUAGGAUCUGGCUAAAAAUACUUGAAUCCACAUAUAUUCAUAAAUUCAGAGCGUUUCGCUCUCGGAGCGCGUCACCGGACGCUCUGGCUGAGGAGUAGGGUUGAUCCGAGCGUUCUGACCUCACAACGGCAGUCAAGCACCCAAGCUAACUGGCUAACGUUGGCUAGCUUGCUAGCUAUUUCCAGACACAAAUGAGAGAACACCUCACUCUGACCAUUUUACUCGCCAUAGAAGAGCUGGUUAGGCUGUUUUCAUGUUAUCCAGAGCGUUGGUGACUGUAACUGUGCUGCUGGCAACAAUUUAAUAAUAAUUUUUUUUUGCCGACGUUUACUGACACCGGCCAUAUAUUCAACGGGUGUUGAGCGUUCGUAAAUUCAUCAGUUAUUCUGCACUCUGGCACACUCAGACAAGAGUGCUCUGAAAUCGGAGUAGAUAGCCAGAAUUAACAAUGUCCAUUGAGAACGCACAACGACUACACCACUUAGCUAAGAAUGACGUGAAUAAUCAAGUCAAUAAACGUUGGGUAGUUAGUUAGAUUACAGUUAAAAUAUUGCCUGGCAAGUUCGAUGUAUUAGUAGCCAACUAACGUUAGGUAACUAGCUAACAUACCGGUACAUACUGCUGUAAUGCUAUGCGGUUCGUAAGGAUAGCGUAGCUAACAAAUUGUCAGCCAACAUAACGUGUAACGUAACUUAUUUGAAAAGUAAUUGCUUUAUUACAUUGCUCAACAUUUUCUUAACAUUUGUCAUAAUUAGUUAAAGCAAUGAAUUUGUAUCCGUGCUCGUCGGACUUCGGCUGCAUAUUUUCCGCCAUUUUCUUCAAAUCUGAAAACGUUGUGAAGCCACGCCCAUUUCCUUAAGAAUUGCAUUAUGUGCUCUAAAAGCACGGAAAUAGUGUCCACUGCUUGUAUACUUCGUAUUUUGGCGAAUUUAGUACGACAUCAGGGAACUUUUGGCAUACUAACUAUAUCCAUACUAUGACCAAUAAGCAUAUUACAUACUCAAUUUACAUCACAAAUAGUAAGGUUAAUGCUGUUAGUAUGAGUAUUUGAACACAGCUCUAGUUUCCUGAAACAAGUCACAUAUUUAGUAUUUUUAUAUAUUAUUUAGUGAUCAUUUGUAGAGUGGCUCUCUAUUUGCCCGCAGCAAUAAUUUUUUUUACCAUUCUGAAUGGCUAAAGAAUCCAUAUGUUCUUCUGAAAUAUUAAAGACGUGCUCCGGUACUUUGGCGACUAGUAAGUAUUUUUUAAACCUCCUGUUUUGGGCUAGAUGUGUAGUUCAUACAUGUAUAAUCUAUGAGCAGAAUUACUGUCUUACCUCAAUUAGCUACGAAAUCCCUAGUUUGAAAGCGACUGUUUUCUGGAAGCUGUGCGGCGCCAUUUUCCCUACAUUUACCCCCAUGUGGGCCAGCCCAGAGUACCGGAGAAUAUCUUUAACACGGAAACACGGAACAUGUUAAGCUCUUAUUAUGGUGACGAUCUGACAAUUACAAUUGUGAUCUUGAAUUGGACUCGCGUUGUUCUGGUCUCUGUCUUGACUCAGACUUUUCCCCUUUCGCCCCUGUCUUGGGCCAGCUCCAGCCGUCCAGCCAAUUAGCUAAUCAGUAAUAAAAGUGUUGAAGGUCCAGCCGUCCAGCCAAUUAGCUAAUCAGUAACCAACAUGUUUAAGGUCCAGCCGUCCAGCCAAUUAGCUAAUAGUAAUCAACAUGUUUAAGGUCCAGCCGUCCAGCCAAUUAGCUAAUCAGUAAUAAAGUGUUGCGUUGGGCAGCAGGUGACGCCUAGCCCAGCUUGACCCUCUGGCUCCCUGCUAUAUGAUGAACCAACCGCUGGGCUGGGCUGGGCUGGGCUGGGCUGGGCUGGGCUGGGCUGAGCUGGGCUGGGCUGAGCUGGGCCCCCUACACUCCCAAAGCCUGUUCCGUGUUCCGUCCUCCAGUGUUGGAAUGUGGAGUCAGCAUUAAUUCUGUUCUACGCCUCUACCCCCACUUUUCAUUUUACAACCCCCAUAUUACACACGCAUGAAUGGAAUCGUAUGGACACACACACACACACACACACACACACACAUUUGCAGACACCCUGGGGCUGAUUUAAGGUUAACCCGUAACUUUCUUUAUUCUCUGUGGUGGUGCGUCGGUGUGACUGGGGUUGGCUGGUGAUUUGUCUUGUCAGACCGACAGGGUAAUGUGUGUGGUAAUGUAUGCAAAGCAGAGUGGAGAGGAGUGGAUAAGGAGGAGAGGGGAGAGGAGGAGAGGAGAGGAGGAGAGCCUGAUGAGAUCCAGCUGCCCACCGUCAUUCUGACAGACCAGGCAGAUGAUGGAUGGCGCUCGGUGUGUGUCUGUGUGUGUGUGUGUGUGUGUGUGUGUGUUUGUGUGUGUGUGUGUGUAUUUAAGUCUGCUGGAUUCUCCCUCAGGUAGACCCUAAGCAAACACACAAACACACACUCAGACACACACACACAGAUUAUUUUCCUUUGUUCAACACUGCAAUCUCUCCCGCUCUGUAACACAGCUAUUGAGCCAUAAUAACCAGAAAUGACUGUUCUGUUGUCUGGAAUAAUUUGACUUUGCAUCGCCCGUGGCCUUAGAAGCUUUUGAUUUACACUGAGAAAAUGUAAUUGACCUUGUCAUUCACUAGUGUGACGCUCACAAGGGGCCAUUCUCUUAGAUAAACUGAUAUUCAGUAUGUCAACAGUGGAGUUGUCUGUCACCAAAGGGAAAGAGCUUGAUUAUGUUUUAGAUGUGUGUGUGCGUGUGUGUGUGUGUGUGUGUGCGUGCGUGCGUGCACGUGCGUGUGAUAGCCUGUGUGUACGGGUGUACGUGUGUGUGUACCACAGGAGGUUGAUGGCACCUUAAUUGGGGAGGACGGGCUCGUGGUAAUGACUGGAGCGCUAUAAGUGGAAUGGUAUCAAAUACAUCAAACACAUGGUUUCCAGCAGUUUGAUUCCAUUCCAUUUUCUCCGUUCCGGUCAUUAUUAUGAGCCGUCCUCCCCUCAGCAGCCUCCUGUCAUGUGUACAGUGUGUGUGCAUUUGUGUGUGUGUUUGUGUAUCCAUGUGAAACCAAACCACACACAUUCUCUGGCUGACUAACGCUUUGGAAUGUUAGACUUCGGUCCUCCAUCAUCAGUCUGCCGUAGUAGAGGUCCUGUCUGUCAGUCCAUACCCCCUAACUACCUUGAUACAUUCUCAUCAAUAGUGACCUGACAAAGAACAACUCUGGGCUCUAGUUUUCAGCUAUAAUAUGGUCAGUAAAAAUGACUUGACUGCCAUAUCUAGGAACCAGUCUUCUCCUGGUCAAGUGGUGUAGUCAGGAACAACUCCUGGUUGUAGUCAGGAACAACUCCUGGUUGUAGUCAGGAACAACUCCUGGUAGUAGUCAGGAACAACUCCUGGUUGUAGUCAUGAAACCACUUACUUAACUGGACUGGCACUUUAAUUUGUAAAGCCACGCGGACAAAGACUUUAUGGACACUAAAUUAGAACAAACUAACACUAUGAGAGACACAAGGAGGCUGGUUGAUGAUGGGGGCUUGAGCUUGUCUUCAUGAUUCCACGCCGCUGCACUCCAAGGCAAUCAAAUGAAAUGUUUCGCUAAUGAAGCCAAAAUAAAAGCAAAUCUGCUGAGUUUUGAGAACGUGUGUCCAUAAAGUAAUCAUAUCGAUUAGAGAUAGAAACUAAGUUGGUUUGUCCAACACAAGAUUUACAUCUUAUAUGUCCUUAUACAGUAUGUCCUUGACCAAGUGAAAGAUGGACUUUAAAAGAGGCUCCAUCCUCACAGUACAUCCAAGCUAUAUGAGACGUGAUGUAGCAGCCAGCCAGUCACCAUCUCUGAUAUUAACGUUCUCUUUAGAGAGGUGUUCUUUAUGUCUGUCAGCUAGCUAUGUGUUGUUGAUUAAUGACUCUCUCCAUCGGUCAUAAGGGUCAGUAUAUAGCAGCUAUACACAAUAACACUGCUAAAUUAUUGACUAAAUAAUAUACACCUGCUCAACUCAAUGUGAUAAAGACAGUAUGGACAACCACAACACAGCACAUUGUUUUUAUGUUGAGUGUAAUGCCUGAACUGUAAAGUCUGAAUGUUCGUUUUUGUUUUCUUCUCUUUACAGUUAGACUUUCCACUGUCUACCUCACCGGGGCUAGACAACCAUGUGCUGUCAGGGAUCGAGGUAAGGUGGUGACUCUCCGCUGAACUCCCUGUGCUCUUCUCAUUCCCCUAUUGUCCUGACGCUUAUCAAGUAAACAGAGAUGUCAGUCUCACUGUGAUCUCACCUGGUUGUUAGAGAUGUCAGUCUCACUGUGACCUCACCUGGUUAUUAGAGAUGUCAGUCUCACUGUGACCUCACCUGGUUGUUAGAGAUGUCAGGCUCACUGUGACCUCACCUGGUUAUUAGAGGUGUCAGUCUCACUGUGACCUCACCUGGUUAUUAGAGAUGUCAGUCUCACUGUGACCUCACCUGGUUAUUAGAGAUGUCAGUCUCACUGUGACCUCACCUGGUUAUUAGAGAUGUCAGUCUCACUGUGACCUCACCUGGUUAUUAGAGAUGUCAGUCUCACUGUGACCUCACCUGGUUAUUAGAGAUGUCAGUCUCACUGUGACCUCACCUAAAUAAAGCAUACAUAAAUAAAAUAGUCAUUUGAUGCUCACACUGACUGCAUCCUCUCCUCUCUCUCCUCUCUCUCUCCUCUCCUCCCCCCUCUCUCUCCCUCUCUCUCCCCUCUCUCUUUCUCUCUCUCUUUCUCUCUCUCUCUCUCUCUCCCCUCUCUCUCGCUCUCUCUCUCUCUCUCUCUCUCUCUCUCCAGCUGUCAGACCUGUACUCCACGGUGGGGAAGCCAGGUCUAGAUGUGGAGGAGAAGGAGAGUGACUACAGCAGCAUUGCUGAUAUCAAGGGACUGGUCCCCGAGUCUUCCUCCAGCGAUCUUGACCCUGGCUACGAAACCAUCCACAUCCCUAAGACUGGUAGUGGAGAGGACUUGGGGCUGGGGAACCAGGUUCAAGAGCCAGACUAUGAGAGUGUAGGUGAGCUGGCCCUGGGGUUGAACAGGGAGAGCUCCCGUCUCUGA